AUGACGAUCAAAGCUGCGAAGCUCCUCAAUGGUACCGAGAUGCCAUUUAUCGGGAUUGGAACUGGCGGAAAGGCAGCGGAUGACUCCACGACACGUGAAAUGUUGAGAAAAGCGUUCGACGCUGGGUAUCGGCAUAUUGACACGGCCGCUAUCUAUGGAACCGAACAUGUCGUCGGCGAGGUCCUGGAGGAAUAUAUUCAAAGCGGGAGAUUGAAGCGGGAAGACGUUUACAUUACGACAAAGUUAGCCCAAUGCAAUCACAAACCGGAAUUCGUGCGCCCUGCCCUGAAGUGCUCGUUGAAGCGGCUACGCACCGACUACGUUGAUAUGUAUUUGAUCCACAAUCCCGUAACUUACCAAAAUCAGGGCACCCUGGAGCAAUUCAUCCCGGAUCUGCCGAACUACAAGUUCGACGUGGAGCACGACAUUGCGGAGACGUGGCAUGAGCUGGAGCAGCUCUACAAGGAUGGACUGGUCAAAGGGAUCGGACUGUCAAAUUUCAAUGCCAAGCAAGUGGAAUAUAUCGUCGAAAAGGCGAAGGAGAUCAAGCCGAUGAAUGAUCAGGUCGAGCUCCACAUCCACUUCCCACAAAAAGAACUCCGCCACACCUGCAAAAAGCAUGGCAUCGUAGUGACUGCUUUUGCACCCAUUGGAUGCCCAGGCAAAAAAUCCGAUCCCAAAUACAAUUGGCCCUCCGAUGGGCCCAUCGACGAUCCCGUCACCGUGAAAUUGGCUGAAAAACAUAAGAAAACUCCGGCACAGAUUUUACUACGCCAUCUAAUCCAACAUGCUAUUGUGGUGAUCCCAAAAAGCACGAAUCCGGUCAGAAUUCAGCAGAAUAUUGAGAUUUUCGACUUCGAGUUGUCGCUUGAGGAAAUGGACGAGCUCGAUGCGAUCGACUCGCGUCCCCGGCUCUACCCGAUGAAAAUCAAUUUGGGCCAUCCCGACUACCCGUUCGAUGACGUCACUUCUCAA